GUUAACAUGUCAUAGCAUCCUAAGGAAAUUUCCUAUUUUUAUUUUGUUUUAAGCAGUUUUAUUGAUUUGCACAAGAGUUUGUGAUAUAUACAACAUAAAACUUGACAUAGGCCCAAUUGACCAUUGACUGUUAAUUUGCUGGAUUAGAAUUUGAUUAACCUUUAAAUUUGUUAAACUUGCAAUUAUAGUUUGGAUAGAUAAGCAGGAUUUAUCUUUGCUUUUUUAUUGUAAAAUUUAGGUUAAACACUGAUUUUGUCUGCUAAUAUUUUUACUUAUUAUUUAGUAAUACAGUAUUGAGUGUGAUAGUGUUUCCCCAUAGGAUGAGUUAAGCUUACCUUAAGACAAACUAAAUCACUAGUGUUAAUAAAUACUGACCAUUUUUAAUACCUACAUAAAUCGUUAGUGCAACAUGAUGGAGGAUGAUGAAGAAAGUAUGCCUCGAUACAACCAUUUUGUAAUCACACCGGAGUCAUGUGCCGAAGACAUGCUGAGGGGAGUUGCGGCCACAUUUCCAUCUCUCACAGUUGACGACAAGUCUCGGAUAAUACUUUAUGCUCAGGGUGGUCAAAGUCAGAGCAGGGUGGGACUAAUUUCUGGAGGAGGAUCUGGCCAUGAGCCUUUUGCGGCUGGUUUUGUAGGGGAAGGGAUGCUGACCGCUGCCGUGGCAGGGAAGGUAUUUACCUCUCCUCCCCCCACCACAAUCCUCACGACUAUCUGUAACGUAGCGGAGAUGUGCCCAGGAGGGGUUUUGGUGUUUAUCAUGAACUAUACUGGGGACGUUUUGAAUUUUGGUUUGGCCAUGGAGAGAGCAAAACUAAAAGGAAUUAAGGUUAGGAGCAUAUCAGUAGAGGAGGACUGUGCCAUUGACUCUCCACAAGGAGCCGGCAAGAGAGGACUUUGUGGAUGCCUCUUCAUGUUCAAAAUAGCUGGUGGAAUGGCAGCUCUGGGUAGAAGCUUGGACGAGAUUUACGAUGAGUGUUCUCUAAUUAAGAGACACAACGCAACAUUUGGAGUAACGAUAAAACCUUGCAACAUGCCUGGCUCUGGACCAAUGUUUCGGAUUGAAGAAGGUUAUAUGGAACUUGGAAUAGGAAUACAUGGAGAGGCUGGAGCGUCUAAAUGUAAGAUAGCAGCUGGGGACGUGAUAGCCAAAAUAUUGGUAGACAAACUGUGUGGGACACUCAGCAUCAAGGCUGGAGAUAAAGUGUGUGUCAUCGUCAACAACCUGGGAGGAACAUCUCAAUUGGAACUGUUCCUAAUCUCAGGACUGGUCCACAAAGAGUUGGGAAUGAGAAAUGUUGUGGUUGAAAGACAUUACGCUGGCAUCCUGAUGUCUUCGCUGGACAUGGCUGGAAUACAGGUAUCUCUGCUGUUGCUGCCUUCUAGUGAUGAAAGACAUAGACAGUUGUGGCUGGACACUCUGGAUACUCACACCAACGCAUUUGCUUGGCCAGCCACCUCCCUGUCUUUACCCCCACUACGGCAGACCCAUGUGUUCACUGUGGAUGAUGUUGAAACCAAGACUCAAGGUCCGCAGAUAUCAGAUCAACGAGCUGAAGUUCUGAGAAAGUGUUUGCAAGUUUCAGCCAAAGCUCUGGUCACAAACGAACAAAAGUUGAACGAGUUAGAUAAAGGUUGCGGAGACGGUGACACAGGAAGCACACUGCGGCGCAUGGCUGACGCCAUUCUGCAGAACCUUGACCAGUUGCCAGUCCGAUAUCCUCAGCAAUGCUUCACACUGUUGUCCAAAAUGGCGGAAGACGUCAUGGGCGGGACCUCUGGAGCUUUGUACAGCCUUAUGUUCGUUGGAGCUUCUAAGCAGGUCCCGGACUGGACGGCAGCGUUGGGAGCUGCACUCAGUACUGCCAUGACUUACUCUAAAGCCACCCUCGGCAGCAGAACCAUGUUUGACGCCCUUAUCCCAGCCUGUGAAGCAUUCAAGGGAACGUCGGAGUGGACGACGGCGCUGCACCGAGCUGUACAAGCUGCAGAAGAGGGAUGUCAACGAACACGACACUACAAACCCUUGUUUGGGAGAGCUUCCUACGUUGGAGCAGACAACAUCAAAAGUAUGGAUGCUGGAGCCUAUGCUGUUACUGUGUGGCUUAACGCUAUUCGUAGAGAACUAUUUUGUGAGAUAAUGAAUAAAACUUACUCAGAACAAAAUCCAUCCUAAACUAUAGGAGCCUCACAGAAAAUACGGUCUACAAGUGCAGGUUAAAAAAAAAUUAAGACGUUUUUGGUAGAGUAUAGUUUUGUUAUUCAGUCAAUACAAUAUGUUGUGAAGAAUAACAUGCGUCUUAUAAAAAAUGUAUUUGGUGAGUCUGCGGUUCAGACGGUAGGGUAAAAGACUCUGAGACAGAGGCAGCAAAUUGUUAACUCUCGUCCAUUGCCCCCACUUAAAAAGAUCAUUAGUACAGAUGAUUCUUGUACUGUCCUGGCUCACCCCCUUCCUAUACCUUCAACUCACGCCUCACACAAAUUCAAGGCUAGAAGAGGGCACUAACCCCCUGAAUAGAAAGUAAUUAUCUGUACAGUUCUAGUACUUAGUUGAUGAGAUGGAAGAAGAUACUAAGAGGAAAAACUAAAGGAAAAUUCAAAGACUCGCCUACUAUUGUUGUGAAUAAAUACCUGCUUUCAGUUAUUAAUGGUUGAUAAAUGCAGAUAGUUUUAAGAAAGAAAUGGCAGUACAGAACGUUUAAUGUGCUUCAUCUUUAAAUUUAGGUUCUUCUGAUAACAUCUCUAGCAUUAUAUUCACGACCACAAGGAAUGCUGCAUUUAUAUUAAUAGUUUAGGUUUAGCUUUUACAGACCUUAAUUUAAUCUUUGUAAAAUGUUGCAAUAAAUAUAAUAUACUCUUUUUUGUGAUCAAAAAAGAUUCCUUUUCACAUUCCUUUUCAUAAACUCUUUCCUUAAUAUCUCUAUAUUACUCUUAACACUACAUUAGUAAUUUUAUAAAAUUAUGUUCUAUGCAUUACAAA